AUGCACACUGCCAUUUUUACUGCUUGCUUCGUUUUGCAUUCGUCGAUUAUCGAACGUGUGGUGGUUCCCGUGUCCGUCUUGUCUUCGUCGCUGUCGAGAAGAGUUGUCGUACUCAGGCGCUCGCCCUCUCCAACCAGCACUCCCCCUUCCCCCUCCACCACUCCACCACCACCACCACCACCACCACCCAAAUGCAAACCCGCCAUCUUGGACCACCCCGGCGGCAGCACCAGACGUCGAGGGACACUCCGAAGGAGCUCGGCAACGCCACACGAAGAGCCAACCAGUGUAAUAACGAGAGAUGUGGAUAAGAACGAGCAGCCUCUGAAAGUUGAAUAUCCCGCGAAAAUCGAGCAUUCAUCCUUCCCGCCCGUCCCCCCUCCCCACCGUUCGCCUCCCCCGUCUUCGGACUAA